AAACAAAUUUGAACUUUCAUACUUCGAGAUUUAAAUUAAGAUUCAAUAGUUAAUGACGUACCAUACGUAAUAUUAAUUUAACUACUAGCUUUCCUUGUCCUUAGGGAACUGUUCAGUAAAAUAAAAAGUAGCCUAUAAUAUUGCUUUCUUAUAUUUUCACGCGCAUUAUCCAUAAAUAAAAUAACUUUUUUUUUAUAUUUUAAACGUUUCAUCGUGUUUGUAUUUAGUUAAGUAAACGUUGCUAUAAAAUUGUAUCGUGAAUGUGUGCAAUAAUGUUUUUUUAGAGGUAGCUAUACUUUAAAUUAAAAAGAUAAUCAACACCUUAGACUUAUGUGUACCUGUAAAGGGUACGAAACGUCAAUAAAACUAAAUACAAACGUGGUGAGACAGUUUAAAAGUUGUUUCAUUUAGCCUAUAAUGUUAAUUCAGGCUUACAAUUAUCUAAUUUCAUCAAAAUACGUUCAGUAGCUUUUGCGUGAAAGAGUAAUAAACAUACAAUAAUACAACCCCAUAAAGUUUCUCAUUUAUAACAUUAAUAGAAUUAUCAUGCGCUUAGUGGCCGUCCAUUGUAGUAAACAUGUAAAUAAAAAUAAUGUAUUAACACUAUAAUAUUCUGAAAUAUUCUCUUUCCGUGAACUGUUCGUCUUGAAAUUAGAUAUUGUCUCAGGUACCAGGCUGAAUCGAACUAGUAAACUUUUGAAAUUAGUAGUAUUUUUGUCUUACAUAUUUAGUUACUCAUCUGACCGGUAACAACUAUCAUAAGAGUGCAUUCAACUUGAAAUGUCGGUCCACAAUAACAAGUUUGUGUAUUAUGUCAUCAGUAUAUUUAUCUUUAAUGACCUUCAUUAUCUUACAAUGCUCGCAAAGGAAACUAUGCGUUGGAAUAAUACAACAGUACUCAUUUGACCGUACAAUAUGAAGCUUGUCGUUUUGAUUUGCCUGUUGUACUCUGCAAUAUGUGAAAGCAGAGUAGCUUAUAGUGAGAGUGAUGUGCAAACCGGAGUUGCAGAUGUUACGAAAGAAGGUCCUGUGAAAUUGCAAUGUACAUUUAGAACUCUAAAUGGAGGUGAUCCAUACCCAUCGGUAAUAGUUAGAUGGCAUGAUCGUUUUCAUGCUCUUACAUGGGAUUCUGAGAAGAAAGAAGUUUUCAGAGAAAAUUAUAAGCAUCCUACUGCUUCUCAUUCAUAUCCUGGCGGUUCAGGUCUAUCCGGUGGAGAAUCGACAGUAACUCAAGAGCUAUUUAAUGAUGCUACAGUUGUCCCGGAUAAUUUUUCGCAAGAAGAUAUUAUAGAUUCAUUCCGUAAAGAUUGCGUGAGGCCUUAUUAAAUAGAUAUUAUAUUUUAUUAUGCUUUUUAUUUCGAUUUGAUUUUCAUAAUUUAUAAUUGGAUUCUAGCAGGCUAAUUUCUUUUUUAAUAUGAUAAAUAUUCCACCUGUUUUUUGAACAGUGCCCGAAGGGAAUUAAUUUAUUUGUCUCCGGUAUCUGUCAGUCGUAAUGUGAAAACUUUUAACUUCAUAGAUAAACUUGAAAUUUUCAUAGAAUUCUUAUUACUAUGAACUAGCUAGCUAUGGACUAAUUCUUAUUACUAAAAGCCGAAAAUAUUUUCUAAUGGCUGGUUCCCAAACGAAAAAGUUAAAAUAUAUAUUCUACGUGUUGAUUCUCAUCCGGCGCAUAAAAGCAAACAAACAAUUAGCGAUAUACUUCUUUAAAUUGACAUAGCUAGACUUUUUUUUUACAAAGUAUCUAUAACCAAGGUCUCCGUUAUAAAAAAUAUAUAAAAAAAUCAUAAAAGACUUAAAGUCGGUUAAAAGUGAAAUCACGAGUUAUCUCCAUAUUGGAUACGAACACGUUUCCAAGUAAAUAUAACUUUCUUGUGCCUGACUCAUGCUUGUUAGACUUUUAUGAAACCUCCAGAAAUAUUUUAGAUGUUUGAAUAUACCCACUUACGGUGUAAUAGUAAAAAAUAACAGUAGCUCCUACUUUCAAUAUCUUGAUGGAAUAUAUAUAUUUACAGAAACUUUGUAGGGUUAAAUGGAACUGCCCAAGGGGACACGCGUAGCCCGAAACAAAGUUUAUCAGUAAUCUUACUCCUAAACCGUUUUGGGGUAGGAUUAUGGUAGGCCAAAGCUCCACGUUCAGUGAGCAAACACAUUACAUUGGCUCACUUGCUCUUGACAUAUUGUUGAAACAGAGUAACUUGAAAAUUUCCGCUUCUGCUUUUCCGUUUGGAUUAUAUAAUUUUAUUUCUUUAAGGAUUAGUUUUUUAAAUCUCUAAUUAGCUAACCUCUGUAUUAUAAUACUAUUAGUGUGUCAAAUUU